AUGUGUUUUGCUACUAUCUUACCACUGGCUGUAAUGAGUUGCAGACGGGGUGAAGAGUCCAUCAGGGCCCGUGAGUUGGGCGUGAUGUUUGAUGAUUUACGCGUAGUUGGCAUUGGAGCACGCGCAUCACUGCAGCCCACAGUGGGCUCGAUAUUAAAUCCCUCGGUUGCGCUUAAAAACAUUACAACAAUGCGCAAUCCCCCAAUUCGUAACAUUCUGUCGGGCUUUGGAGGUGUAGUAAUGCCAGGAGAAAUGUUGCUUGUUCUGGGCCGUCCUGGUUCUGGUUGUAGCACAUUCUUGAAGGUACUCUCCAAUCAGACGAAGGAGUACCACGCUGUCGAAGGUGAUGUGUGGUAUGACUCCUUUACCCCUGAGGAAAUAACCAAGCAAUAUCGCGGCGAUGUCAUCUACUGUCCUGAAGAUGAUGUCCAUUUUCCGACACUCACAGUUGAGCAGACACUAUCCUUCGCAAUCAAAACCCGCACGCCACAUGCGCGGUUUAUCGAUCAGUCCCGUGACCAGUUCAAUCGCGACGUGGUUGACAUCCUAAUCAGAAUCUUCGGACUGCACCACGCACGUAAUACUGUUGUCGGGAACGCUGCUAUACGAGGCGUAUCAGGUGGAGAGAAGAAACGUGUUUCUAUUGCAGAGGCUUUGUCAUGCAGAAGCUUGAUCAGCUCCUGGGACAACUCGACCCGUGGUCUGGAUGCGUCGACAGCGUUAGAGUUCAUCCAGGCACUUCGCAUUGGCACCGAUAUUGGUCGGAUUACGACAGCCGUCUCUCUUUACCAAGCCGGUGAACAGUUGUAUAACUUGUUUGACAAGGUGUGCGUAGUCUCCGAGGGCCGAAUGGUCUAUUUUGGGCCUGCAAAAGAGGCGCGCCAGUAUUUUAUGGAUAUGGGAUAUGAACCCUACCACCGACAAACGACGUCUGAUUUUCUUGUUUCUGUCACGGAUCCAAAUGCGAGAAACUUCCGUGCUGACGUUGAAGCGUCAAUACCCAGAACGGCUGAGGAAAUGGCAGCUUACUUCCUCGCAUCUCCGCUGGGGCAAGCUAACCGUCAAUCGAUUGAUAAUUAUCGCAACCUCUACGUGGGCAAACCCGAACGCAAGGAGGCAUACAGUCUUAGUGCGGGGAUGGAGCAUGCGCGUCAUGCGCCUAAGAGUAACUCCUUCACGAUAUCAAUCCCGAUGCAAGUCAGGGCAGUAAUGGUCCGCCGGGUUCAGAUAAUAAAGGGCGAUAUCACGUCUCAAGUGGUGCAACUUGUUGCGCAAAUAUUCCAAGCCAUCGUGAUGGGCACCGUCUUCUACCACCUCCCUGACGCAACUUCUGGUUACUUCUCUCGCGGGGGCAUCUUAUUCUUUGCAUUGUUUUUCGGCGCCUUGUCUGCUAUGGCAGAAAUACCCGCUCUCUAUGCCCAGCGUCCCAUAGUUCUCCGUCACCACAAAGCAGCGAUGUAUUAUCCAUUCAUCGAAAGUCUGGCUCACACGGUUGUCGAUAUACCAAUUACGUUCGUUAUCCAGGGCGUUUUCUCUGUACUUCUCUACUUCUUGGUCGACCUUCAGAGGACAGUAUCGCAGUUCUUUAUAUUCUUCUUGGUGGUAUUCACGAUGACGACCGCGAUGAAAGGAUUUUUCAGGCUGGUCGCUGCUGCUUUCAAAGAAGAGUCUAGUGCUACAUCAGUAGCUGGCAUUGGUGUUUUGGUCUUCUCGCUGUACACCGGUUAUACUAUUCCUCGGCUCAGCAUCCCGGGCGCCCUGCGCUGGAUCACUUACUUGAAUCCUCUCGGGUUCGGGUUUGAAUCAUUGAUGAUGAACGAAUUCCACACUUUGAACGGGACAUGCACUACCUUGGUCCCUCAGGGUCCUGGAUAUGAAAAUAUAUCGCUGGCUAAUCAGGUCUGCACCACAGUUGGAGCUCAGCCUGGAAUGUCGACUGUCAACGGUAACGUCUUCGCGUACCUAUCUUAUGAUUACCUGUACAGUGACCUUUGGCGCAAUUACGGCAUUAUAUGUGCAUUCGGUAUCACCUUCCUUAUGUUGUUGCUCUUCGCUACCGAAUUCAACACCGGCUCCGCAUUUGAUUCUGCUGUCACUCUCUUCAACCAGUCUAAGGGCGCAAAGUCUGCUGGACCCGUCACUGUACAAAAAGAUGUGGAAAAGGGGGGACCAUCGGCACCUAACGAAAACGCGCACAAGAAAAGCAAAGUAUUUGAUGAAAAGAAGAAACAUGGGCCGCCAGAUAACUUCACCUGGCACCAUGUGCAGUACGUCGUUCCCAUUUCAGGGGGAUCAGAGAGGAGGUUGUUAGACAAUAUCUCUGGUUAUGUCGCACCUGGAAAGCUCACUGCCCUCAUGGGUGAAUCUGGCGCGGGAAAGACUACUCUGCUCAAUGUCCUUGCCCAGCGCGUCGAUGUUGGUGUCGUUUCAGGUGACCGUUUCAUUAACGGACAACCACUCCCUUCAGAUUUCCAGGCACAAACGGGAUAUUGUCAGCAGAUGGAUACCCAUCUACCCCAAGCCACUGUUCGGGAGACCAUUCUUGCUUCAGCUCAUCUUAGACAAUCGGAAUUUGUCCCUAUGGAGGAGAUUCAAGCCCACGUGGACAAGUGCCUCCAAAUGUGUGGCCUCGAAGCAUAUGCAAACGCAGUUGUGGGCUCGUUGGGCGUUGAACAUAAAAAGCGCACGACAAUAGCCGUUGAAUUGGCCGCGAAGCCCAAACUUCUUCUUUUCCUUGAUGAACCUACGUCUGGUCUCGAUUCCCAAUCGGCUUGGGCCAUCAUAACAUUCCUCCGCGAGCUUGCCGAUAGUGGACAAGCCAUCUUGUGCACCAUUCACCAACCUUCCGGGGAGCUUUUCCAACUGUUUGACAAACUUCUCCUCCUUCGCAAGGGCGGCCAAACUGUCUACUUUGGUGACAUUGGGGACAAGUCUUCUACGAUGUUGAAAUAUUUCGAACGUAAUGGAGCCCCACCCUGUGAUGAGGAUGCCAACCCUGCGGAAUACAUGCUUGAUGUCAUUGGUGCUGGAGCGACCGCGAGCACAUCUGUUGAUUGGCAUAAUGUCUGGCGAAUUUCGCCAGAAGCCGCUGUGCUAGAAGAUGAGCUUGGACGCAUUCAUGCUGAGGGUCGCUCUCGUCCCGUUGUCCAGACACAGCUACGCACACAGUUCGCUACUUCGUGGAGGCACCAGACCAUUGCUCUUACACAGCGCAACUUCCAAGCAUAUUGGCGGAACCCAACCUACUUGGUGGCAAAGCUCGUUCUCAACAUCGCUGGUGGUCUAUUGAUUGGCUUCACGUUCUAUAACACAAAAGACUCCCUCCAGGGUACACAAAACAAACUCUUUGCAAUUUUCUUGGCCACAAUUUUGUGUGUCCCUCUUUCUCAGCAGAUGCAGACGGUCUACAUCGACAUUCGGUCAAUUUAUGAAGUCCGGGAGCGCCAGAGCAGGAUGUACAAGUGGACUGCUCUCGUCACCUCUCAAAUACUCGUCGAGAUACCUUGGAACAUUUUCUGCUCAUCGGUCUUCUUUGUUUGCUGGUACUGGACAGUCGGAUUCUACACCGACCGUGCUGGAUACACCUACCUGAUGUAUGGAGUCAUAUUCCCGCUCUAUUACACGACGAUCGCACUCGCAAUAGCUUCCAUGGCCCCAACUGCAUUUAUUGCUUCAUUGUUGUUCAGCACGCUCUUUUCAUUUGUCGUCAUAUUUAACGGUGUUCUGCAGCCAUUCAGCCAGUUGGGUUGGUGGCGGUGGAUGUAUAGGGUUUCGCCUUUCACCUAUCUGAUUGAAGGCCUGUUCGGUCAAGCGGUUAGCGGACAGACGAUUGUUUGCGCGUCGACGGAGCUUGUUUCAAUUGUUCCUCCUACGGGACUCACGUGUGCUGAUUAUAUGGAUCCUUUCAUGUCUUAUGCGGGCGGAUAUCUAACAGACCCCAAUGCGACAUCGAACUGCCUCUACUGUCCGUUCCAGACGACGGACCAGUACAUGUAUGCUGGAUUCAAUAUCCAGUAUUCUCACCGCUGGCGUGACGUUGGUAUCAUGCUUGGUGUCACCUUGUUUAAUGUCUUUGCGAUUUUCGCUCUCACCUACAUCUUCCGCAUUCGGAAGGGUAAUAUUUUGCCUUCGUUCAAGCGCAAGCUGUAA